AUGCCCUCAGCUGCCAUAUCUAAAUCUUGGUGGUUUUUUUACUUUAAUUCUUUUGUGGGUUUGUUGAAUUUGGCUUUUGCAGGAGACCCAUUUGUGUAUUAUGAUUGGACCAUCUCUUACACCACAGCUUCCCCACUUGGUGUUAAACAACAGGUGAUUGCAAUAGAUGGGCACUUUCCAGGACCUGUUCUUGAAGUAACAACGAACUGGAAUGUCGUUGUGAACGUAAAAAACAAUCUUGAUGAGCCUCUGCUUCUCACAUGGAAUGGACUCCAACACAGAAGGAACUCAUGGCAGGAUGGUGUAUUGGGGACAAACUGUCCAAUUCCCGCCGGUUGGAAUUGGACAUACGUGUUUCAAGUUAAGGAUCAAAUCGGCAGUUUCUUUUACUUCCCUUCGACAAAUUUCCAACGGGCUGCAGGUGGGUAUGGAGGAAUCAUCAUCAACAAUCGAGAUGUUAUUCCCGUACCCUUUGGGACUCCGGAUGGAGACAUAACACUUGCCAUCGGAGACUGGUUUCUAAAGAGUCACAAGGACCUUAGGAAGGAUGUCGAGAAUGGGGUUGACCUUGGAUCUCCUGAUGGUAUAUUGAUCAACGGGCUCGGUCCUUAUCGAUAUGAUAGUACCAUUGUCCCCGAUAGUAUUGCUUACCAAGUUAUAAAUGUUGAACCAGGGAAAACAUACCGUUUUCGAGUACAUAAUGUUGGUAUCACCACAAGUUUGAACUUCAGAAUUCAAAACCAUAACUUGCUUCUUGUAGAGACCGAAGGUUCAUAUACGGUACAACAGAACUAUUCAAACAUGGAUAUUCAUGUUGGCCAAUCGUAUUCUUUCUUGGUGACUAUGGAUCAAAUUGCCAGUAACGAUUAUUACAUUGUUGCCAGUCCACGGUUUGUCAAUUCAACCAAAGCUUCUGGAGUCGCCAUCUUGCACUAUUCGAAUUCUCAGAACCCCGCUUCUGGUCCUCUUCCAGAUCUCCCUAACGAAUCCGACCCGUCUUCAUCAAUGAAUCAAGCAAGGUCCAUAAGGAUGAACGUUUCUGCUGGCGCUGCUCGUCCAAAUCCACAAGGAUCCUUCAAAUACGGUGAGAUUACAGUGACGGAUGUGUUUUUGCUCCAAAAUAGGCCACCCGAGCUUAUAAAUGGGAAAAGGCGUACUACACUUAACGGUAUCUCUUUUUUUGCUCCUUCAACACCCUUAAAACUCGCUCAACAGUUUAAUGUUUUGGGAAUCUAUAAGCUCGAUUUCCCGAAUAGACCGAUGAACCGCCCUCCAAUAGUUGACACAUCGGUGAUUAAUGGUACAUACCGAGGAUUUAUUGAAAUUAUACUUCAAAACAAUGAUACUACCGUUCAGAGCUACCAUUUGGAUGGUUAUGCGUUUUUCGUAGUGGGGAUGGAUUACGGAGUAUGGACUGAAAAUAGUAGAACUGUAUACAACAAAUGGGAUGGGGUUGCUCGCAGUACUACUCAGGUUUUCCCGGGGGCGUGGACGGCUCUUUUGGUUUAUCUUGAUAACGCUGGCUUGUGGAACCUCCGAGCGCAAAACCUAGAUUCGUGGUACCUCGGGCAAGAAGUUUAUUUGAGCGUGGUUAACCCGGAGGUUACUGAAAAAACCGAGCUUCCUUUGCCUGAGAAUACCAUCUAUUGUGGCGUAUUGUCGUCCUUGCAAAAGGAACAAGCCCAAAGAGUUCGUUUUUCCGGUGCACCUUCGGUUCCCACAGUAACUACCACAAUCUUUUUCGCAUUCAUCAUGAUGUUCGUCGGAACUUUCAUGACUUAGCGUCAUUGGUAGCCGCGGUGGUAGAGCAGUCGAAACAUCGUUAGUGAUUCAAUUUUGACACAUUUAUAGGGAAAAAUUAGAUCAAAUUGUGCCCAUGAAUGCUGUUAACUCUGUAUUCAUUAUUUUAACUGUAAGUAGAUUGUAUCAGUUCAUUAUGAAAUGUCAUAAUUGCCCCUGUUAACCGGGUUCGCC